AUGAACUUUAAAUUUCAAAUUGGAGAACAAUUUACUGCAAUAGGAAAACCAAUAAAUUUAAAGACAUGUGUAGUGCUAGGAGGAAUGGAUAUGAUGACUCAAGCCCAAGAAUUAUCCAAGCGGCCUCACAUUGUCGUAGCGACACCAGGCCGCUUAGCAGAUCACCUAGAAAGUUGCGAUACUUUUUCGCUGAACAAGCUCAAAUUUGUAGUUCUUGACGAAGCUGACCGACUGCUUGGUGGAGACUUUGACGAGCAAAUAAAAACUAUUUUUUCAGCGCUGCCUAAGCAACGCCAGUCUUUGUUAUUCAGUGCGACUAUGACAGACGCUUUAGAACAAGUCAAGCAAGUAGCACGCAAUAACGUUUUUCAAUUUGAAGACAACGAUCACAGUGGAAUGGCUACUGUCCAACAGUUGGACCAGCGUUACGUCGUCUGUCCUAGGGACGUACGAGACGCUUAUCUCGUAGAAGUUAUUCGUACGUUCAAAGGAAUAAAUCCUAGUGGUUCUAUUAUGAUAUUCACAGAUACCUGCAAGAACUGUCAGUUAUUGUCCAUGACUUUUAAUACAGUAGGAUUCGAAAAUGUGGCUCUACACGCGAUGAUAAAACAACGCGAACGUCUGUCGGCGCUUAACAAAUUCAAGUCUAAUUGUGUUAAAAUUCUAAUUGCCACGGACGUAGCUUCACGAGGUCUUGAUAUUCCUCUUGUUGAGCUGGUUAUUAAUCAUACUAUUCCUAAUGUUCCGAAAGAGUAUAUUCACCGUGUAGGUAGAACUGCUAGAGCUGGUAGAGGUGGCAUGUCUAUUAGUUUAAUAACUCCUCAUGAUAUUAAAUUAUUACACGCUAUUGAAGAACUUAUUGGAACUAAGCUUCAAGAGUUUAAAGUUGAUGAAAAAGAAAUAGCAACUAUAUUUACUCAAGUAUCAACAACAAAACGUGAAGCUGAGAUAGUGUUAGAUGAAACCGAUUUUUAUGAGAAAAAAAUGAUUAACAAACGAAAAAAGUUAAUGAUGGAAGGUAAGACUGAUGAAGAAAUAGAUAAAAUUCUCGCACCUAAGAAGAAACACAGUAAAAAAGAUAAAAAAAUUAAACCAAUUAAAACUAGCGAUGAAAUUAAAGAAGAUGAAAAUAAAUUGACAGAUGAAAUUGAAAACAAUAAUCAAUAA